AUGUUCCAGAUCGCACUUCUUCUGGCUUGUGUCUGCGUUACCGUCGCCCAGCGAGGGUUCGGUGGGGCCGGUGGCGAAGUGUACGCCCCGAUUCCGUACGCCUUCAACUACCUGUCCCAACUUGAGGACGGCAGCCAUUCGCACGAGGAGCAGGGAGACGGCAACGGCCGCGUCUCCGGCAAGUACACCCUGACCACCUCCGACGGCCGCACUAGGACCGUCACGUACACCGCCGACGAGAACGGCUUCCGCGCCCAGGUGGACACCAACGAGCAGGGCACCGAGUCCAAGAACCCCGCCGACGUCGUCUUCCAGUCCAGCGCUCUGCCAGGACCCGAGGCCGCCAUCGCCAACGAGCCCAACCGCGUCCGCGGCGGACCAGCGCCCGGAGGUUUCAGGGGCUAG